ACUCUCUACUGAAAACCAGAGAAACUCAGCAAAAAUUUGAAGGCACCACAAUACACCCUUUAGGCAAUUACUGAUUGACUGCAUCCACAGAAAUUUUUCGAUCAGUAUUGGAUUAAUGAACUUGUUAAAGCUUUGCAGAGGUUCUGUAUAAAACAGGAAUUUUGUCAUUAGUUUGUCAACCUUUAUUUUCUUACUAAAUGUGGCACUGGAGCUUAACUGGUCUUCUAAUGCAAUGAAGCACAUGGGCAGUAUCUUCUACAUAGGCUUUCAGAAGGAUUUUAUAAAUUCCAUUUAUAUUCGAUUGUCUCAUGCAGUGAUGCCAGCACAUUUUUCAUUUGUCUUCCUUAGCAUUUUCCUUUAUUUGUUCUCAAGAUGAUUGAUUGCAUAUGUACUCUUUUUGUGACCAUGGAUUAAGGUUCCAUGAGGUUGAUACAAGCUGUUGUCCCUCACAUGGCAUCAAGGAAAAAGGGAAAGAUUGUAAAUCUUGGAAGUGUUACUGUUUUGGCCCCUGGACCAUGGGCUGGUGCCUACACAGCAUCCAAAGCUGCUCUUCAAGCACUUUCUGAUUCUUUAAGAUUGGAACUCAGGCACUUUGGGAUCAAUGUAAUCACUGUUGUACCUGGAGCUAUUAGGUCAAACCUUGGAAAUUCUGCUUUAGCCGGCUACAACCAGAUGCCUGAAUGGAAAUUAUAUAAACCUUUUGAAGCAGCAAUCCGCGCUAGAGCAACUAUGUCACAAGGACCCCAUUCAACCUCUUCCGAAGAGUUUGCAAAGAGGACUGCGGCUGCCAUUCUGAAGGAGAAUCCGCUAGCUUGGUUCUCCUAUGGCCAGCUCUCUACCAUUUUCACAAUCUUGUAUCAUCUGCCACUGUUCAUAAGGGAUUUUGUCAUGAAGAAAGCAAUGAAAUGUUGAGCUCCUACAUUCUUUAUGGUUUUGUUUGUGUGCUGAAAGUACAUGUAUCAAGAUCGCCUUAUACAUGAAGAAAGCACUAUGUUCGUUAAUAAUGUAACAGGUUACAAGUGAAAAAUAUUUCAUGUGUGAUUUAUGUAUCUUCCUUGACCUCAGUAGUGCAUGUGAAUAAUGUUAUAUUUGGUAAAAGAGCUUGGCCAAUGCCUAGCAAUCCGUU